AUGCUUUUGGGCGGCAACGUGCGUGACCGUAUCCGCGUCUAUGCCCACUGGGGCAUCCGCGACAUGUCGGAAGAGUCGCUCGAACAGGCUAGAAACCGUCUGGAGAUGUUGAGCGCUAUGGGUUACACCGCAUACAAAGCCGGUCCUCCCGGUUUUUGGCGGGCCCACGAACCUCCCUCCCGAAUCGACGAGUUCGUCGAGAUGGCAUUUACGAUGCGCGAGUGGGUCGGCGACGAUGUUGAGUUGUGCUUCGACUUCCAUGGGAAGAUGGCCCCUGGGAUCGCCAUUGAGGUCUGCAACGAACUCAAGGGGAUGCGACCGAUGUUCGUCGAAGAACCCGUGCCGCAGGAAAAUGAAGAUGCCCUCAAGCUGGUGUCAGAUCAUGUGCCCUUCCCUAUCGCAACCGGCGAACGUCUCCUAUCACGAUGGGAAUUCAGGCGCAUCAUCGAACAGCAAUGCGUUUCGCUGUUGCAGCCCGACGUCGCCCACUGCGGCGGUAUCACCGAGUUGAAGAAAAUUGCCAACUACGCCGAGGUUUACUACCAGCACAUCAUGCCGCAUUGUGCCAUCGGCCCGCUAGCUCUGGCCGCAUGCAUGACGGUCGAUGCGGUGGUACCGAACUUCUUGGUUCAGGAACAGGUCGAUCAGGCUCUGGGCAACGGCAUCAUUAAGAACGACUGGCAGGUCAAUGACGGCCAUAUCGAGUUGUGGGACACGCCAGGAUUGGGCGUGGAAGUCGACGAAACCGAAGCGAUGAAGGUGUUUGACGGCGAAGCUACCGGGUAUCACCGAGAAUUGGGCGGUGAAUCGUACUUUGCAGAUGGUUCCGUCGCCGAUUGGUAA